CGUUCCUUCAAGCCGCACAUGCGAUCUGUGUUCCGCCGGCGCUCAAUGUAAACGGUUAAAAUAGAAAUCGAUUGUUGUUUCUAUUCCUGUGGAUUUAGGUCGGGUUUAUUCGAAAUAUCAGUGCUAUGGCGAUCCGGUAAAUAAAUAGAAGACACGAUGUAUUUCAUAAGUACGUUGCUGUUAGUGGUGGUGGGGACGCCAGGGUUGUUAGCACACCUUCACCAUGCUGUAGAAACUGAGAUGUUUGCCAUACCUAUCAGCCCUAACCUGUUCAACUGGACCUAUCAAGAGUUCGACCAGCAAUACCGCUUCCACGCUUCCAUGCUGGGCAAACCGGAGUUACCUUCGUGGCUUCAUUAUAUCUACAGCGGACGACACCACUCAGGGUUCAUCUUCGGAACGCCGCCGCGAGGGAGUCGAGGCUCCCUCCAGAUCGAAGUAAUCGGCUUAAACAGACAGGACUACGAGACGCGGCGGGUGUUGCUGACGUUGGACAUACAGGUGAAGGAGAAGAUGGCACGACAUGAGGUCGAGCUCAAAAUCGAUAACCUGAAUGUUGAAGAUCUUCUGGAUGAGCAUAAGAUGACCCGUUUGAAGGACAUCUUGAGGACGAAGCUCUGGACGGAGAGCAGUGGUGAUCUGUACGCGACUUUCCUAUCGUCUGCCAUCGAUCUUGGAGCUCGACUGCCUUUGAAGCCAAGUGACGGUGAAGGGUUGGUAGUCCGUCUAGGCAGUUCCAUGCCAUUUUCGCUGGAGCUCAAGAGACUGCGUGAGGAGGUCCGCCCUCUGUCCCGUCUGCCCAGCUGUCCCCGAGAGUACAAGCGCACGACCGUUGAACGACUCUUCAGAGACGCUGGUUUGACGCUGGACUGGUGCAGUUUUGAACUGUACAAUACGAUCUACAAGGAGCGCUCGACCCUUCACCUUGAAUACCUGACUGAAGUGCCCAACACCAGUAAAUCCGCCAAGUCCUUCAAGGCUCUUGACACCAAAGAUAUCUGGACCGCACCCAGCAAGUACCUCCCGUCCCGCAGCUACAGCGGCGCCGUGUGGGGCGCGGUGGUGGCCCCGCUGCUACUGUUGUUGCUGUGUGUCGCCGCGCUCUCCGCCGCGCUCUGCGCGUUGCACGCCACCGUCCAAGAUCCGGUUUCAGAUAAUUUUCUGGAUAAUAUAUUCCACAUCUGUAUUGACUAUAGAAAUAGAAGAAGGGCCCACAAGUCAAAAGUGGAAAUGUGUCGUUACGGCACUGGCAACACUGAGCAGACACAGGUAGCUGACAACACUAGCACCAAGAGCCUUGGAGUGAGUCCAAACAACAGUCUCGCACGUCCUUACAGUCCAAAAUCGUCAACCAACCUCGCCGGCAACUACAACCGCCCUCAGCCGCCCCCCUACAUGGGUUCAACAACCAAUUCCCUCCACCACCGCAAGUCAACCGACAGAACCCCAUCAACCAGUGGCCAUACCCCCGAACACCGCACCCAUUUACUCGAAGAAUCACUAAAGCUUUUAAACGAGGCGAAAAUCGAUGGCUUAUCGAUUAAAGAUCCGAUAAUCGAUUUGAACGAUGGCUCUGAAGAUUACGUCCCAAUCAAGCCUGAUGCUUCAGGUUAUGUUUCGAUGAAGGAUUUGGAUGAUAUCGAUGUUCCUGAUCUGGCCAAGUUUGGCAUCGCUGGACCCAUAUGACAUGAGGUAAUGGCGGGAGAACCGCCCGUCAAAACAUGGUUUUGUUAAUCCACUGUUACUACGCGA